AGUAAUAUCAAUUUGAUUUGAUGUGAUGUAAUAAACCCGGUUGCAUCAGAGUUCUUCACUUCCCUAUUGAAAAUUAAUUAUUCACCGGUUCAUGAUCGGAUCCCAAAUCGAACCACCACUCACCACCGUCACCGACGAAGAUUCUGGAAGAAGCAAACCCGCGUUGAGCGUUACGGCGCCGAUAACCAUUUCGUGUAUCGAUUCGAUUGGAUCCAGAAUUCGAGGAGGUUGAUUUUUCAAUGGCGUAUAGAAGGAGACAAUACGGAACUUCUAAAUCUUCUCCUUUGAUUUUCGAAGACGAAGCAAUUCGAAACCCUAAUCCAAUUGCAGUAUCGUCUUCUUCGAGUAAUGAUGGCGUUGACGCUUCUUCUUCGGAUUCUCUUGCUGCUAAAGCUAUUAGAGCUUCUUCGGCGCGUCGUGAUUCUUCGCUUUCGUCGCUUUAUGGUCACUCCAAUCUCUCUUCUCCUCGGUCUCAACCUACUCCCACUGCUCCUCCUCCAUCCUCCAAGGAUUCUAGAGCAUAUGAGUAUACAUCUAUGAAGAAAUUGAAUGAGCCCAAGAGUGGAUUUUGGGGCGUUCUAGCUAGAAAAGCAAAAUCAAUCAUUGAGGAUGAUAUUGUAACACCAGAAUCUGAAAUACCUGGGACAACAAGGUCACAAUAUCCUGGCGUAACAUCAAGGGGAAAGGUCCAAAAUUCGAAUCACUUAGAGGAGGGAAAUCUCAAAAGGGACAGUCCAACAAUUAUUAAGGGAUUAGAUGCCAUCACAUCUUCUCUUACUCAUAUCGGUGGCACCAUUGGUAAAUCUUUGGAGGAAGGUUUUACAAUUGUUGAGAAUAGGACUUCAGAUAUCAUUCAGGAAACCCGUAAACAUAUCAGGAAAAAGCCCGGGAACUUUGUAGGACAGAAUCAGGAAACAAACCAUUCUACAACGUCGCAAGAACCCCAGUUGCGGUCCCAGAUGUCGCCAACACAAGGAGAUCAAGAACUUCAGCUGAAGGCAUCUCGCGACGUUGCAAUGGCAAUGGCUGCCAAAGCAAAACUGCUUCUUCGGGAGUUGAAGACUGUCAAGGCUGAUCUGGCAUUUGCAAAGGAUCGAUGUGCUCAAUUAGAGGAAGAAAAUAAAAUCCUCCGUGUAAAUCGCGAAAGGGGAGAUAGCCAAGAUGAUGAUGAUUUGAUACGACUGCAACUUGAAACUCUUCUAGCUGAGAAAGCUCGCUUGGCUCACGAGAACUCAGUUUAUGCUCGUGAGAAUCGCUUUCUGAGGGAGGUCGUUGAAUAUCAUCAACUUACGAUGCAGGAUGUUGUGUACUUAGACGAGAGCAAUGAGGAAGUCUCUGAAGUUAAUCCUCUGAACUUACCCCCAGUGCCCCUAGAUUCUAAUACUCCAUCUGCCACAUCCCUAUCAUUUUCUUCAGAUGCCAACCUUGGCAUGGGAUCAGAAUUAACAAGAGGCAUUUCAUCUCCCAUAUCAGGAAAGGAUAUAAAGAGUUCUGAGGUGAUUGUAAAGGACUCGACGAGUUCUGAAGUGAAGAGCAUCUCUUCUAUAGCUGGAAAGGACGGAAAAUGACAUGAAAUUCUUCAUGCCUCUAUGAUCUGUUGUUUAUGUGUUGCUCGUUUUACAUAUUGUGGGUGACAUUAGCUUGAUGUAAUUUUGUACCUUAUAUUGUGUAACUAAAAAAGAACGGUUCUGUAUAUCAAAGUACUGUUUUUUUUUCUCAGUUCAGUUCUUUAUUUUUUUAUGGUGGAUGCGUAACUAUUGAUCCAUGAUACACUGAAGCGUCAGUUGAGUGUAGACUAUUUCGUCAAGUGCAUUUAGUGCUUGUCAAACGUCAAAUUGCUAAAAGAUACGUAAUUAAGUGACA